AUGGGAUAUACCGAGACAGAUUGGCUCGCCAUUAACACGAUCCGUCUUCUUGCUGUCGAUGCCACCUUCGGAUCUAACUCGGGCCACCCUGGCGCGCCCAUGGGUAUGGCACCGGUUGCCCACGUUCUAUUUAACAAGUUCAUGAAGUUUAACCCCAAGAACCCAAAGUGGUUGAACCGUGAUCGAUUCGUUCUCUCCAACGGGCACGGAUGCAUGCUCCAAUAUGCUCUCCUCCAUCUUUUUGGAUAUGAGUUGUCUCUGGAUGACAUUAAGAACUUCCGAAAAGUCGACAGUAUCACUCCCGGACAUCCCGAGGCGCAUGACACCCCGGGUAUCGAAGUUACUACUGGUCCUCUUGGACAGGGUAUCUCCAACGCUGUUGGUCUUGCUAUUGCUCAGGCUCAAACAGCUGCUACUUUCAACAAGGAUGGCUUCCCUCUCGUCGACAAUUACACCUACAGCUUCUUAGGCGACGGUUGCUUGAUGGAGGGUGUUUCUAGCGAAGCCAGCUCUUUGGCUGGUCACUUGCAACUAGGCAACUUGAUCGCUGUCUACGAUGACAAUCAGAUUACCAUCGACGGUGACACAGCUUGUGCCUUUACCGAAGAUGUCGUUAAGCGAUACGAGGCGUACGGCUGGCACGUCGAGGUUGUCGCCGACGGUGACAACGACCUCGAGUCCAUCGAGAAGGCUAUCCAGAAGUGCAAGGAUGUCAAGAACAAGCCCUCAUUGAUCAAGCUCAAGACCACCAUCGGUUUUGGUUCUCUGCAACAGGGUACCCACGGAGUUCACGGCUCCCCCCUGAAGGCUGACGACAUCAAGCAGCUCAAGCAGAAGUUCGGUUUCAACCCUGAACAGUCCUUCGUCGUACCCCAAGAAGUAUACGACUUAUAUGGCAAGAAGGCUACCGAAGGCGCAGCUCUUGAACAAGAGUGGAACAAGCUAUUCGCUAGCUACGCUACCAAGUACCAGGCCGAGCAUGCCGACCUCUCUCGUCGUCUGAAGGGCGACCUACCCGAAGGUUGGGAGAAGAACCUUCCUGUAUACACCCCGAAGGAUGCUGCCGUGGCGUCUCGAAAACUCUCCGAGAUCGUCCUGUCGAAGGUCGAAGCCGCUAUUCCUGAGCUCAUUGGUGGUUCCGCCGAUUUAACGGGAUCUAACCUGACACGAUGGAAGGAUGCUACUGACUUCCAGCCACCAUCGACCGGACUGGGUGACUACUCUGGCCGAUACAUCCGAUACGGUGUCCGUGAGCACGGUAUGGGCGCUAUCAUGAACGGUAUUGCUGCCUACGGUACCCUUAUCCCUUACUCGGGCACUUUCCUGAACUUCGUCUCAUAUGCUGCUGGUGCCGUACGUCUAUCUGCGCUGUCGCAGGUCCGAACCAUUUGGGUCGCCACUCACGACUCUAUUGGUCUCGGUGAAGAUGGUCCUACUCACCAACCGAUCGAGACUCUCGCCCACUUCCGCGCCCUGCCUAACAUGAUGGUAUGGCGACCGGCAGAUGGCAACGAGACUAGCAGUGCUUACUACCUGGCCUUGACUUCCAAGCACACAUCUAGUAUCAUCGCUCUAUCGCGACAAAACCUACCUCAACUCGAGGGCUCGACUAUCGAGAAGGCAAACAAGGGUGGUUACGUCUUACACGAUGUUGAGGGUGCCGAUAUCACACUAGUUUCAACCGGUUCGGAAGUCUGCAUCUGCGUUGACGCUGUCAAGUACCUCCAAGAGAACCACGGCCUGAAGGCGCGUGUCGUCUCCAUUCCCUGCUUCGAGGUCUUCGAUGCGCAAACCAAGGAAUACAGACUGAGCGUUCUCCCUGACGGUAUUCCGUCUCUAUCCGUCGAGGUCAUGAGUACAAUGGGCUGGGAGAGAUAUACCCACGAGCAAUUCGGCCUAAACCGAUUCGGUGCUUCUGGCGCUUACAAGGACGUCUACAAGAAGUUCGAAUUUACCCCCGAGGGUGUUUCGAAGAGGGCUGUCGCCACUGUCGAGUUCUGGAAGGACGUUCCUAACAUCCGCUCGCCCAUCAACCGCGCGUUCCAGCAGCUCAUUUAA